GCAUCGCCAGGAGGCAGCUCGGUCCGGCGGGGAAACCAUUCCCAAGCUCCACCAACUGGGCGCUGGCGAUGAAAAAAAAAAGCCGCACGCGCCCGGAUCACGGCUUCUGUUGGAAAGCGCGGCGACGCUCCCGAUUGUGCCGCUGAGCUGACCGCGUCCUCCUUUUCCCCCGGGGCCGCAGGCGCGGGUCGGACGCUGCGAGGCGGAACCUCCCUUCCCGGCCCCACGCGGCGGCCGGAGCGGGUGAGGCGGUGACACAGCCCAACAUGGCGGCGCUGAGGCGGCGGCUCCUCUCCUCGGCUCCCGGACCAGGAGCAGGGCUUUGGAGCCGAAUCCGAGACAGCAAACUGGGUUUCUGGACACGGAGUCUUUUUAAUGAUUACAAAGAGGCCUGUAAAGAAAUUGUUGUGGGAGCCAGAGAUCACCCAGGAAAAGCAGCCUUUUACUGCACAAUCCUCACAGGGGCAUGUGUUUGUGGAUACAAAAACCCAUGUGAUAAAUCCUUUCACGCCACUCUGUUGGAAUCGGCCAACCAGCUUUUAAUCCUAUCACCUUGGGUCAGGAACGGCCGGUCAGAUCGGCACAUCCAGAACCUGGUGACAGUCAAAAACCAGGGUCGACUCCGGCACCAGAACCUGCUCCUCUUCUCUCUGGUGUACACGGCUCCCUAUGAUGCAAAAACCAGUAUAUACAAUGCACAGUGUGAGUACUUGAAGCCACGGUGGUCAGACUUUCCAAAUAGGAUUUUAGACAUUGGGUUUUUUGGCAAAUGGUGGAUCCUUAGUUCAAAAAUGAGAGACUGGGACAUUAACGAUGAUGAGUUUGCUUACUUGCCUGCAGAGCUGCAAACAGUCAAAUCACAGAACCUCCACUCGGCUGAGAACGAAAGACUAUUUGAAUUAAAGUUCCAGCCCAUCAUUCUUGAAGAGGACAUGCAGGAGGAGGGAGGAGGGUGACAGACACUGCACACUCUACCUCACUACUGACAAAACACCUAAAAUUUGUUGAGGAUGGAAACCCAGCUUCCUCACCUUGCAGCUUUAUCCUCCCUAUCUGGUUCAAAGCUUUGCUUAACCUUUCCUGUGUUGUAAGAAUGUACGAAAAGUCAAAUAAAUACAAUCCUAAAAAUGAA